CCUCAGAUAACUUAACGCGACGGUGAUUUUUCAAUUUCAAUUGAUGGAUAGAAAGAAGAUAAAAAGGCAAUUCUCGAAAUAUUCUCAAGGUAUUGACAUCUUGACCUGAUUACCUUGCUUUAUCUUGUCUUACUUUACUUUACCACUUACGAUACCGUGUUAUCUCUCCAAAUAUGCCUCCCAUCGAUGAUGAGCUCCAUGAACGACUCAAAGCAGCUCUUUGGUUUUCAAUUGGAAAGAUCGUGGAAGAAGAAGCCGUACGACUCAAUUCAAAUGCUACGAAUCAAUUCAUAGGAGCAUUGACUGAGAUGGUAUGGCAUCAGAUAGAGAAUGUCACGAUGGAUCUCGAAAGUUUCUCCCGACACGCUGGACGAUCAACCAUAACGACCGAUGAUGUGUUACUCGUUACAAGAAGGAAUGAUGCCUUACACGAUAUCAUCAAGGAUUUCAUCGAUCAAGAGAAAGCGAAAUCUACUAAUGAAAAGGGAAAAGGUCGCACGAAGAGCAAAUGAUGAGUCGCUUUUCCAAUCUUUUCCAUCCAACCUUUAUAAGAUACCAAGAUACCCAGAUACCCAGGAACGCGGCGUUAGGAGUUACGAAUAUCAUCAUCUCGCCGUAUACGACGUACUAUACCAGUAGUUGACAAUCACAAUUGACACAUUCGACAUGACUGCCAAGAACGAUCCCUUCCCCUCUCAAUAUAUUGAGUCAGUGACGUGUGUUGUGUGCUCGAAUCGUUUGUUCACAUUCAGCUGCCCAUCAAGGUUUCCCGCACCAACCUCCGCAUGAAUGGAACAAAGGGAUCAUUGGUCCCGUACAUACAUGCGAUGAUCUACCGUAAGACAACACCUAUGGGAUGCUGACACUGGCACUGGCA